UCCGAUUAAAGAGUCGGCCGAGACGCCCGUGCGGGCUGAAAGAUGAGGCUGGCAAAGAACCCGUCGUUGACGACUCUCCGCUGCCGCCCCUCCCAUGCCCGUCUUGCAUCUGCUGCCGCCUCGACCGACAGCCAUGGUAGCGACGGCGAGCACCUCCGCUCCGAGAAGGCCUCCCUCCGCAGCUGUAACGACACACUCCGUUCGCUCCUCCGCUCCGCCGUCCGCCGCCACCACGCCGAAGCCCUGUCCGUCCUUCGCGGCAUGCUCGCCCCUGACUCCACCUGCCGACCCGACUCCAACACCUGCGCGAUCGUGUUCUCCAGCUGGUCGAAGCAGAGCCUGCCCCUGGACAACGAGGCCCUCGGCCUCCUCGUCCAGAUGGCCAAUAUGGGAUUCUUCCCGACGGACGCCUUCCAUUUCACCCAGCUCGUCAGCAGGCUCUGCCGCUCUGGCGCCACCUCCGCGGCCUGGGAUUUCCUUCACGCGGUUAAGGAUGCCGGCGGCGCCGUCGAGACCCCGGCGUGCAACGCCCUCUUGACUGGUCUUGCCGCAGCACGAGACUUUGCAAGGAUGAACUUUUUGUUCUCGGAGAUGAAGGGAAUGGGCGUCCGACCCAGUGUGGUCACCUUUGGCAUACUCAUCAAUCAUCUUUGCAAAUCCCGCCGCCUGGAUGAGGCGAUGAAGGUGUUCGACGUAAUGACGAGCCCAGAGUCGGGAGUCAGCCCCGACACAGUCACUUUCAACACGCUCAUUGACGGGUUCUGCAAGGUCGGGAGGCUUCACGAUGGGUUAUCCUUGCUCAAUACAAUGAGAUCGAGCUACGAUUGCAAGCCGGACACCGUAACAUACAAUAGCCUGAUCGAUGGGUUCUGUAAGUCAGGGGAGAUCGAUAUGGCUCACGAAUUGUUCGUCAGGAUGGAGAAAGAAGGGAUACCUCCAAAUGUGAUCACACUCAACACGCUUGUCUGUGGAAUGUGUAGGCAUGGAAGGAUCGGUAGCGCCCAUGAUUUCUUUCGGAGGAAACAGGUGGAGUGGCCACAAGUCAAAGGCAAUGUUGUAACCUAUAGCACUCUGGUGGGAGCAUUCCUGCAUUCGAAUAAUGUGGGCAAGGCAAUGGAUUUGGUCGAUGAAAUGCAUAGGGAAGGGCAUUCUCCCGAUUCUGUGACAUACUUCACUCUGAUCUCUGGGUUGACACAGGUGGGCAGAUUGGACGAUGCUUGUUCGGUUGCGUCUUCCAUGAGGGAGAAUGGCUUUCGAUUAGAUACAAAGAGCUAUAACACUUUGAUCAGUGGAUUCUGCAAGAAGAAGAGGUUGGAUGAGGCAGGUGAGGUGCUCCGUGAGAUGUGUGAGGCUGGGCUCAAACCUGAUGCCUUCACUUACAAUACUUUGAUUGCUGCUUCGUGCAAGGCUGGGGAUUUCGCCACAGUGAAUCAGUUGCUGAACAAAAUGGUGGAUGAUGGUUGCAAGCUUUCUGUGGUCACAUAUGGAGCUCUGAUCAAUGGUUACUGCAAAGCCGGUGAGCUGGACCAGGCCAUGAAGACCUUUGAGAACUUGGGUGCUUCGAUGGUGCCAGCCAACACAGUCAUUUACAACAUUCUUAUCGAUUCUCUCUGCAAGAAUAAGAAAGUUGACAUCGCGGUAUCCCUCGUCGAGGAGAUGCAGGUGAAGGGUGUCCCUCCAAGUGUGACCACAUACAAUGCCAUAUUCAAGGGGCUCCGAGAUCGCCAUAUGUCCGACAAAGCCUUUAAGCUUAUGGAUCGAAUGAGCGAACAGGGAUGUAAACCUGACUGCGUUACGAUGGAUGUUCUUACGGAGUGGUUGACGGCAAUUGGUGAAAUGGAGAGACUGAAACGCUUCGUGCAACGAAUGACACCUCAGGAUAAGUCUACAACUUGCGACAUGUAUUGAUCUUGCAUGCUCCAAGAAGAAGGUGAAAGAUAGAAGCCAAGCAUCAACAGAGAGUGGAUUAUUUAUGAGACCGACACAACUAAGGAGCUAAUGGAACUGGAGGUCGACGGAGAGUGGCAUCUUGGGUUCCAUCUUACACUAAUGUGCAAGGUAGAGGCAAACUAUCAUACACUGAUUAGUCUUACAUUUGAAGU